CUGGACAGGGAGCUUUAUUCUCAGCAGUGAAGCUGCUGUUCAGUGGACGUUUGAUCAUGUCUGGACUGCAGGGUGUUGGACUGCUGCUGCUGUGGGGUAGCGCCUGCCUGGGGCCGCCCGGCCUGGUCCGGGGGGCUCUGGUCAUUUCUGGAGACCAAGUAGCUCUGCAGGAGCCAAGUGGCGCUGCCAAAUCACUGCAGAAAAGAAGUACAAAUGAGGACAUGGUGGAGGUGUACAGUGUGAGGCUGGACUGCACCGUGAUGUCUCGUUUCGCCCACACUGUCAUGACCUCCAAGGCUCUGAACAGAGCUAACUCCUCCCAGGAAAUCUUCUUCGAAGUGGACCUUCCCAAAACCGCCUUCAUCGCCAACUUCAGCAUGGAAAUCGAUGGUCAGGUGUACGUUGGCGAUAUAAAGGAGAAAGAGAAAGCUAAGAAACAAUAUGAGAAGGCUGUUUCCUCUGGAAAGACUGCUGGAUUGGUGAAGGCUUCAGGAAGAAAGAUGGAGAAGUUUUCAGUGUCUGUCAACAUCGCAGCUGAAAGUAACGUGACGUUCAUUCUGACCUACGAAGAGCUCCUUCAGAGGAAGCUGGGCCGGUAUGAGAUUCUGACCCGAGUUAAACCCAAACAACGGGUCCAGGAGUUUCAGAUUGUGACCAACAUCUAUGAGCCUAAGGGUAUUUCUUAUGUGGAUGCCCAUGCAACCUUCCUCUCCAAUGAGCUGCUCCCCCUGGUGGAUAAACGCGUCACAGACAAUAAGGCCCACAUCUCUUUCUCACCAACUAUGGAGGAACAGAGGAAGUGUCCAGAUUGUGAAGGAACUCUCAUCGACGGAGAUUUUCUCGUCACGUAUGACGUGAACCGAGCAAAGAGCCAGUGGGACAUUCAGAUUGUGAACGGAUACUUUGUGCACUUCUUUGCUCCCCCUGACCUGCCCAGAGUCCCAAAGAACGUUGUGUUUGUGAUUGACAGGAGUGGAUCAAUGCAUGGAACAAAGAUGGCACAGACACGGGAAGCUAUGCUGGCCAUCCUCAAAGACCUCCACGAGGACGACCACUUUGCCGUCAUCCAGUUUGAUGACUCAAUCGACUCUUGGAAAGAGUCACUGACCAAAGCAACCAAGGAAAACCUGGAUGAAGCGAUGAAAUAUGUCAGCAGGAUAGUGGACAGCGGAUCAACCAAUAUCAACGAUGCAGUGUUGAGAGGCGUGAACAUGCUGGUCAAAGACAGGCAGGAGGAGAAACUCCCAGAGAGGAGCAUCGAUAUGAUAAUUUUACUCACUGAUGGGAUGCCAAACGCUGGAGUGUCUAACAUUGGGGAAAUCCAGACAAAUGUGCACUCUGCCAUGGGAGGAAACAUGUCUCUGUUCUGUCUUGGGUUCGGAAAUGAUGUGGAAUACUCCUUCCUGGAUGUGAUGAGCAAACAAAACAAGGGAAUGGCCCGCAGGAUCUAUGAGGGUUCAGAUGCAGCCGUACAACUCCAGGGUUUCUAUGAGGAGGUGGCCAGCCCUCUGCUCUUGGAGGUGGACCUGCGUUAUCCUGAGAACGCAGUGGACUCCCUGACGACUAACCACUACAGUCAGCUGUUUAACGGCUCAGAGAUCGUGGUGGCAGGUCGACUGACGGACAACGACCUGGACAACUUCAUGGUGGAAGUGUUCGCUCAGGGGUUUGAUGAGGACUUUAAAGUGCAGGGCCAGGCCAGUGUUGAGGAUUGGGACGUGUUGUACCCAGAUGAGGAAUACAUCUUUGGGGAUUUCACAGAGCGUCUGUGGGCCUACCUCACCAUCCAGCAGCUACUGGAGACAAGCAAGAGUGGUACCCCAGAGGAGAAAUCCAACGCCAGUGCCAAGGCGCUGGACAUGUCUCUGCAAUACAGCUUUGUCACGCCUCUCACCUCCAUGGUGGUCACCAAGCCUGACACUGAGGAUGGACCAGACAGCCCUUUCAUUGCAGAUAAACUGACUGAGGAGCAAAGACAAAAGGAAGAACGAGUUGGAUAUCAAAGACAUCCACAGGUUGCACAGGCCCUCCGACCUGUUUCAAAUUAUUACCAUUCAACACCCACAUAUUUAGUGGAUGGAGAUCCUCAUUUCUUGAUUGAGCUUCCUGAAAGGGACGACGCGCUGUGCUUCAACAUUAACAACAAACCAGGAACCAUUUUCAACCUGGUCAGAGACCCAAUACCAGGUAUUUUGGUCAAUGGUGAGACCAUCGGAGAGAAGAUGAUUCCCCCUGAUGGUCAAAUUAACACCUACUUUUGGCGUUUUGGCAUCGUCCACCAGUCUCUGGGGGUGAGGCUGGAGGUGAGCACUCAGGACAUCGUGGUGCUCCAGGACGGCAAACAGGUCAAACUGCUGUGGUCUGAUACAGCUUCUGUCAAAGGAACCAAUGUGGAUCUUCUCUUGACCAAGGAUCGCAGCCUAACGGUGACUCUAAAGGAUUCGGUCAAGUUUGUCGUCCUGCUCCACAAAGUGUGGGCAAAGCAUCCGUAUCAUCGGGACUACUUGGGUUUCUACACCCUGGACAGCCACCUCCUGUCCCCUCUUGUUCACGGCCUGUUAGGUCAGUUCUACCAUGGGAUUGAAUAUGAGGUGUCAGAUCUGCGUCCGGGGGAAGUCCCGGAGAAACCGGACGCCACCAUGUAUGUGAAAGGCCAGGAGCUCAAUGUGACCAGAGGCUGGCAGAGAGACUUCAGGAAGGAUGUGAAGAAUGGAGAAAAUGUUCCCUGCUGGUUCGUUCACAGUAACGGAACAGGCCUCAUCGAUGGAGAUGCAACAGACUACAUUAUUUCAGGCCUUUUUAAAACUGUAUAAAAACAGGUUAGGCUACUCAAUGUCCAUCAAAUAAAUAAUAAUUCAUACAAUAACAAAUAUGCCUGUUUUACACCAUGGCAAACAUACUUCAUUCACAGCAUUGUAUAGAACGUUUCACAGUUUCUAUCAGUGUAAUUCUGGGUCUUAUAAAAAUGGACACUAUCACAAAAAAGUGUGAGGUGGGAUAAACCUCAAUAAAUUGUACUGAAAUUAA